GUAUGGCCUUGCAGCAACAUGAAAAGCCGUUGAUCUGAAUUUCACGUCUGAUGCCACUGAUUUUCAAUCUUUCUGUCUAAUUUCAGUGGGCCCAAAAGGUUGCGUAUAUUCAUUGCCAAUGUCACCCGCAUCUUUGUAAAAUCCGUCGUCUUCCUCGGUCACUCCAACAACCACAGCAAAGACAAUUAAAAAUUGAAAUUCAGACGUAAUGAAAUCCCAGCCAACACAAACAAUUUAAAACAUCAGCUACCAGGAGGCAGCAGAAGCACGGGAGAGCCUCCGGAAAUCGGAGCAGAAGCAGAAGCAGGGCAGUAGAAGUAGAGCAAUGGAGGCGGCAACGAUGUCGAGGAUCGGCCUGGCCGGGCUGGCGGUGAUGGGGCAGAACCUGGCGCUAAACGUUGCAGAGAAGGGCUUCCCCAUUUCCGUCUACAACCGCACGGCGAGCCGCGUGGACGAGACCAUAGAUCGUGCAAAGGAGGAAGGGAGGCUGCCUCUCAAGGGUUUCUACGAUCCCAAGGACUUCGUGCUGUCGAUCCAGAGGCCCCGUGCUGUGAUCAUCCUGGUGAAGGCCGGGGCACCCGUGGACCAGACUAUCUCCACACUCUCGGACUUCAUGGAGCCUGGGGACUGCAUCGUUGAUGGUGGCAACGAGUGGUACGAGAACACAGAGCGCCGGGCGCAGCAGGCGGCUGAGAGAGGGCUGCUUUACUUGGGGAUGGGGGUCUCUGGCGGUGAGGAAGGGGCACGGAACGGGCCGUCGCUCAUGCCCGGCGGCAGUCGCGCUGCCUAUGACUGUAUUCACGACGUGGUCACCAAGGUCGCCGCUCAGGUCGAUGAUGGCCCCUGUGUGACCUAUGUUGGCGAGGGCGGCUCCGGUAACUUUGUUAAGAUGGUCCACAAUGGCAUCGAAUAUGGCGAUAUGCAGCUCAUCUCCGAGGCCUACGACGUGCUCAAGCACGUCGGGGGUCUAUCCAAUCAGGAACUGGCCGAGACUUUUGCGGAGUGGAAUCGCGGUGAGCUGGAGAGUUUUCUCAUCGAGAUCACGGCCGACAUUUUUACUGUCAAAGACGAGCACGGCAGCGGGGAGCUCGUUGAUAAGAUUCUCGACAAGACCGGCAUGAAGGGGACUGGAAAAUGGACGGUGCAGCAGGCCGCUGAAUUGUCCAUUGCGGCGCCCACCAUCGCUGCUUCGCUAGACAGCAGGUAUCUGAGCGGGCUCAAGGAGGAGCGCGUGGCCGCCGCUAAAAUAUUUGAGGAAGCAGGGCUAGGGUUAGGGUCUUCGACCUCUCCUCCUGGUGUCAACAAGAAGCAAUUGGUGGAUGAUGUGCGCAAGGCGCUGUACGCCUCCAAGAUCUGCAGCUACGCUCAGGGAAUGAAUCUUCUGAGGGCCAAGAGUAUCGAGAAAGGGUGGAAUUUGAAUCUCGGAGAGCUUGCCCGUAUCUGGAAGGGCGGUUGCAUCAUUAGGGCCGUAUUCCUUGACAGGAUAAAGAAGGCCUACGAGCGGAAUUCUCAGUUGCCUAAUCUGAUGGUUGAUCCCGAUUUUGCCAGAGAAAUGGUCGAGAGGCAGGCAGCGUGGAGGAGAGUGGUGAGUAUGGCCAUACAUGCCGGGAUCAGUACUCCUGGAAUGAAUGCCAGCCUUGCGUACUUUGAUACCUACCGCCGUGCCCGACUUCCAGCUAAUCUUGUCCAGGCUCAGCGUGAUUUGUUUGGAGCUCAUACUUAUGAGCGGAUUGAUCGCCCCGGGGCCUUCCACACGGAAUGGACUAAGAUUGCUCGCCACAACAAAUCAGCUGCCAAAGCCUUUGUCUGAAUUCUUAAGCAGGUUAACUUUUUGGCCGUAUUUUGAUUUAUGAUUAGACAGAGGUUCUUGUUCAUGUCAAAACUAUGCGGUCAUGCCAUUUCCUUUUCUUUUUUCGAUCCAAUAAAUGAAAUUGAGCUGAAUGAUUAAGUUGGUAGAGAGGAGAACACUCCAUUUUAAAAGAGUUAGAAAACUUUUAGUUAUUUCCUUUUCUUUUUUUGCCAAAAAUGUAUCCAAUUCAUGAAGUAAGUGAUUAUAGUUUUAAGAAGAAGACCGAUGCAUUUUCAGGUCA